CGCCGGUGCGGGUGGUACGUGCCGGAUGUACCGACCGCGCGGGGCUCCGCCGCCGCCUCUAUAAGCGCCGCCGCGGGGCAGGCGCGGGAGCCGUAGCUUGUCUCGUGCUGCCCGGUCCCGCUCCGCUCUUGCCGCCCCGCCGGGAGCAUGUACCAGAGCCCCGCGCGCUGCCUGUGCUCGGCGCUGCCCGCCCUCUGCUGCGCGCCCGCCGCCGCCUCGGCCUCCCGCCUGCCGUUGCGCGCGCCUCCGCCGCCCUUCGGCCCCGCCGCCCCGCCGGCGGCAGCAGCAGCGGCGGGCGGCCCGCCCAGCCUGGGGACACCGCCCCGCAUAGUGUGUUCCAUGGGAAACAGCACCAGUCGUCUCUACAGCGCGCUCACCAAGACACUGAGCAGCAGUGCUGUACCCCAGCACCAGGACUGCCUGGAGCAGCCGCACUCGGCGCAGCUGGAUCCUAUAGACCCCAAAGAUUUGCUGGAGGAAUGUCAGGUUGUUCUGCGGAAGCGGCCACCCCGCUUCCAGAGAGACUUUGUGGACCUGAAGAAAAGUGCUGCCAGUGACCACCGCCCCAUUCGGGUCAUGCAGUGGAACAUCCUUGCCCAAGCUCUUGGAGAAGGUAAAGACAACUUUGUUCAGUGCCCCAUGGAAGCUCUGAAAUGGGAGGAGAGGAAGUGCCUCAUCCUGGAGGAGAUCCUUGCCUACAAACCUGACAUCUUGUGCCUGCAAGAAGUCGACCACUAUUUUGACACCUUCGAGCCCCUCCUCAGUCGACUGGGCUACCAGUGUACUUUCUUCCCUAAGCCGUGGUCCCCGUGCCUAGACGUGGAGCAGAACAACGGGCCCGACGGCUGCGCCAUGUUUUUCCUCAAAGACCGCUUUGAGCUCAUCAACAGCGCUAACAUCCGCCUGACCGCCAUGAAGCUCAAGACCAACCAAGUGGCCAUAGCUCAGACGCUCAAGUGCAACGAAACCGGUAGGCUGUUCUGCAUUGCAGUCACUCACCUGAAAGCCCGCACUGGCUGGGAGAGGUUUCGCUCUGCGCAAGGCUGUGACCUUCUCCAGAACCUGAAGAAUAUUACCCAAGGGGCAAAGAUCCCUCUGAUCAUCUGCGGAGACUUCAACGCAGAGCCAACUGAGGAGGUCUACAGAGAAUUUUCCAACUCCAGCCUCAACUUAAACAGCGCCUACAAGCUGCUGAGCCCCGAUGGGCAGUCGGAGCCCCCGUAUACCACCUGGAAGAUCCGGCCCUCGGGAGAGUGCCGGCACACACUGGAUUAUAUCUGGUAUUCCCAGCAUGCCUUGAAUGUGAACUCAGCCCUGGGCUUGCUGACUGAAGAGCAGAUUGGGCCCAACAGGCUCCCGUCAUUCAACUACCCUUCUGAUCACCUGUCUCUGGUGUGUGACUUUAGUUUCAAUCAAGACCCAGACAGACUGCUGUAAAUGUGUUGGGAUGCCACUUGGUAGUGCAGUAUCUUAACCCACUGCUAUUUUAGAGAAAACGUUUGAAGCUGGGAGCUAUGGAAAGAGAGGAAAUACUGUUGACUAAACAUUAUUUCAGGCCCUUACUUGGAGUUAUGCUGGCUGUUUGGCACUGGUUAACUUAGAGCUUCCAAGGGAGAUAGAAAGGAGUCUGUGUUCUUGCCAUGUCAGGGUUUGGAAACCGGAAGGCAAAUGAUCUUGAUCCUUUCACUAACCCCUGUCUUUAAGGAUUUAAUCCUUUGAUGAAUGCAGAGGCCUUAGUAUUUAAAUCAAAACACUUGAGUUUGUAAAACAACUUGCCCUGACAGCAUGCUCCUUUUAUUUAUUUCAUGUGAGGCUUGACAACUCAGUGAGACUCUCUUAAGUCCUUUUCUGUUGCAAUAAGGAGGUUUAACACAGUUUAGAUGUGAUCACCUCCAAACUCACACAAGUGUUUUCUUCUCUCUUUUACAUGACUGUUUCAUUAAAAGCAAAUGGAUAAUGGCACAUUGUGAGGAAGGGCCCCUCCAGUAAGAGCAGGGGAGGAACCAGAGGCUAACUACUCAUUGUCAUACAGAAAAAUCCUCACUUUUCCAGAUGAAUGUGCAUGUGUCCUUACACACAGUCUGUAGGUGUGUACACACAGUGAUGCUUGCCUUUGUCUCUUCUGUGCUUCCCUCCAGAUGUCACACCUCACCAAAGGUUAUUUCCUCCUCUGCUUCAAGUAUUACUUUUCUAAAUGAUUUAGAUUUGUAGUCUUGUCAAUCUUGCUGUUUCAGUGAAGGGCCAAUCGUCAUGUUGAAAGACUUCUAUUUAUCUUCAGAAUCUAAAGCUACACUGGAACGUCUUAGAAGACAGAAUUUAUUUAUUUAUUGGAGAAGCGGUGAUCCUGCAUCUGACUUGAAAAUCAUACAGCAACAGUGCUCAGGAGCCUCUUUCCGUGGCCCAAGGGAACUCUGGCGAAGCACCUAGGCUGCAACGAAGCUGUGUUAGUAUAGUAACUCUUGUGCAUGGAGUGGUGCUCAUUGGUAUAAAAUAGGUAUUGCAUAUAUGGAUUGUAAACAUGCCACUAUACCCCAAAAUUAGGUAGGGAGGAAGAAGGGAAGAGAGAGACAACAGUUGGAUUUGGGCUGACAGUUAGAUGGUUGGGAGAGAAAAGAUAAAGCAAUUGAAGCAGUACUUCCAUGUAAAAUAAGGCCCAUGGUAACUCUUCAGUGUCCUAGGUGUUUAUUAAUAAAAGGUUUUUGAAAAAAA